AUGUACGGCAAAGGCAAGAGUAACAGCAGCGCCGUCCCGUCCGACAGCCAGGCCCGGGAGAAGUUAGCACUCUAUGUAUAUGAAUAUCUGCUCCAUGUAGGAGCUCAGAAAUCAGCCCAAACAUUUUUAUCAGAGAUAAGAUGGGAAAAAAACAUCACAUUGGGGGAACCACCAGGAUUCUUACAUUCUUGGUGGUGUGUAUUUUGGGAUCUCUACUGUGCAGCUCCAGAGAGACGGGAAACGUGUGAACACUCAAGUGAAGCAAAAGCCUUCCAUGAUUAUAGUGCUGCAGCAGCUCCCAGUCCAGUGCUAGGAAACAUUCCCCCAGGAGAUGGCAUGCCAGUAGGUCCUGUGCCACCAGGGUUCUUUCAGCCUUUUAUGUCACCUCGGUACCCUGGAGGUCCCAGGCCCCCACUGAGGAUACCUAAUCAGGCACUUGGAGGUGUCCCAGGAAGUCAGCCAUUACUGCCCAGUGGAAUGGACCCAACACGACAACAAGGACAUCCAAAUAUGGGUGGGCCAAUGCAGAGAAUGACUCCUCCAAGAGGAAUGGUGCCCUUAGGACCACAGUCUGACCCUUGGUUAUCAUUACAGAACUAUGGAGGUGCAAUGAGACCCCCACUGAAUGCUUUAGGUGGCCCUGGAAUGCCUGGAAUGAACAUGGGUCCAGGUGGUGGUAGACCUUGGCCAAACCCAACAAAUGCCAAUUCAAUACCAUACUCCUCAGCAUCUCCUGGGAAUUAUGUCGGUCCUCCAGGAGGUGGAGGGCCACCAGGAACACCCAUCAUGCCUAGUCCAGCAGAUUCAACCAACUCUGGAGACAACAUGUACACUUUAAUGAAUGCAGUACCUCCUGGGCCUAACAGACCUAAUUUUCCAAUGGGCCCUGGGUCUGAUGGUCCCAUGGGUGGAUUAGGAGGAAUGGAGUCCCAUCACAUGAAUGGCUCUUUAGGCUCAGGAGAUAUGGACAGUAUUUCCAAGAAUUCUCCCAAUAAUAUGAGCCUGAGUAAUCAACCAGGCACUCCAAGAGAUGAUGGUGAAAUGGGGGGAAAUUUCUUAAACCCGUUUCAGAGUGAAAGUUACUCCCCUAGCAUGACCAUGAGUGUGUGAUCCAUUACCAAGUCUCCUCAUGAAAACCACCGUGAGUCAGCCCUUCAUAGAACUACCACGGAAGAAAAUUACUCAUCAGUGUACAGUUAAACAAAGGAGUCUCAGUCACACCAAACCAACCUUUUUAGUCCCUGCUCUCUCCUCAGUUGUGAAGAAAGCGGGUCCAAAUGUGAUUCAAACUCUACAAAGUGGCACAUUAGACUUGCCCUAAACUGAACUGCAAAUAUUAUCUGUGUAUGUAUAUGUGUGGGAAAGAGAAUGUAUCGUAUAUGUAGAUGCUAUAUGGACAUAUACGUAUACAUGCAUUGACCCACAGGACAUUGUAAAAUAUUAUCACAUGACAUCUUAAGUAGAAAUAAGUAGGGACUUUUAUUCCAUCCUUUUUUUCACGUUUACAUUUUAAUUAUUAAAAGUUGCUCCUGCCCCUCCCUGAACUAUUUUGUGCUGUGUAUAUCACUGCUUUAUAUAAGUUAUUUUUUAAGGUGAACUCAGAUGUUAUGGUUUUGUAAAUGUCUGCAAUCAUGGAUAGGAAUAAAAUCGCUUAUUUGAGAGCUUUCAUUAAAUUGUGUCUGAUGCAAGUUAUCCUGUGAAUCCCGAAGUGUACUAAGUGGAAAAGGUGUGUCCUUGUCAACUCAAACAUGUCCUUGGCUUCCUUCAGUGCAAAGUAUCUUUGUACUUUUUAUUUAAAGAAAACACUUCAACAAAAGCAUAACUGGGGCUUCACACCAUAUAUUUCUGCAAUAAUUGCUUUAAGUGGAGUUCUUUCUUGAUUUGUUUAUUGUAGGUUGUAUAGAAAGCAUUAGUUAACUCAAAUUACCUAGACCAUAGCAAUAAACUGAUGCAGGUUGUCAUAUUUUUAGCAGCACAUUUUCUCUUUAACAUGAUAAAACUCAAAAGUGAUAAGAAAAUCACUUUGAAUUUGUGGCUUGUCACCCAGGUUUACCCAAGGUAAAUUUUUAAUAACGUACCAGUGUGAAAUAGUCUUAUUUUAUUCAGAUUUCCUGUGAACAUUUCCACAAAGACUUGUAAGCAGACACAUUAAAUGAUUAAGACUUUCAGUACAAGACAGAAAAGAGUUAUUAGGACCCCCAAGGGCUUCUGGAAUAUUGCUGUUUUUCCUCACCCAGUGGCUUGUUUGCCAGAGUGGACUGAACCGGUUCCUGGCCUUUCUGAUAUCCCUCCUCCCUGGCAGCAGUCUUUACUCCAUUGCACUGACCUUGGAUCAGAAGGCUAGUAUUUUGAGUCCGGUCAUCUGUAGUAACUGAUUCAUCUGUCCAUUGACUCCAGCAAGCUCAGUCUAUAUUGUAUGUCUGACAGUUCAAAAGGCAGUAAGGAAAUAUUUUUUUAUUAUUUCCCUUAUAAAAAACACCUUACUGUUUAACACUUCCCAGACCUUUUGAGUUAGUUUUAAUCAUCCAAACACGAAAAUCAUAAAAGUACGAAGAGUUUUAAUUGUAGACUCUAAAGGUAGCUGUGAUCCUUCUGUUACAAUUGUGAGACAAAUAACCACUAGUCAAAAGCAACCACAGAUCUAAACCCUAGAGACUGAAAAGGCACUGUUUAAUCCCAUGUGAGAGGACUCUUCUCUUUCCUUUAGGAUGCUAGCCUCUAAGUGAAUUUUUUUAGUAUAUCUGCUAGCUCUUGGUUCAGAACAAUUUAUUUCUCUUCAAUCAUAAUGAUUAUUCUUUCUGGAAAUAAAGGUUUCUUUUCACUGUACAUGACAGGAAUACUGGGAAGAACUGCAGGGGAGAAAGAAGCUGAAUUAGAUUUAUGCUGCAGAUCUAGACAAUAAUAAAGUGAGUCACUAAAAUAAAGUUCAUAGCCCACUGCUAGAAGCCUAGGGCUGUACCAGAGAACUGCCAUGUGCUCUCAAGCUACUGAGACCUAUCCCUCAGAGUUCAACCCCAAAGGUCUUUACCUCAAGCCAAGGUAACUUGAAGGUGGCACUGUGUACCUUCACCUGAAUUAUCAAGAAUAAUUGUAACUUUCACUUUUUAUGGUCAUUGUACAAAAAUUAACUCUUUUCAUUAAGCUUAAUCUUAUAAUGCAGAAAGUUUUAAAUAUUUUGUUGACUCUUUUCUCCAUCAUUACCUAUCUUGAGUUUCUUUCAUUCACCUUCUGAGAAGGCGCUGUUUAUUAUCACAAAGAAAUCAUGAUCCUCAUUUUAUUUGCCCUUAUUUUGGGGUAGUUCUAGAAUAUAAAUGGCAUUAUGGGCCACUUCUAACCUGUUUAGUUAAAAAAAAUAAGUACAGUGGUUUUUUUUUUCUUAUUUUCAAGAUGCAGCAAUCAAUUUACAUAAAUUUUCUUUCUUGGAGCCCAGAUUAAAAAUACCUAGUUCCAAUUUUAAAAUUCCUGAAGUACUUAAAAAUUAUUUUUUAAGAUAAAGCAGUGUCCAAGAAUGUCAAAAUAUGAGAAUGCUUAAUUUUUAGAUCCAAAUAAUCUUCUCGUGUACCUAAAGGAAAAUAGUAUCUGAACAUUAAUUUUUGUUUAUAUAUUAGUUAUUUAACCUUACUGUUUUUCUGAUAAGAACACUUAACCCCUUUCUCCUGCAUUCAUCAGUAUCUGUGCAUUCGUGCUGUCUGGAUGCAUAGGCUGCCUGUCCUUAGGGUUAUUUUUACACAUUUCACCUCAUACUAAUGAUGUCAGCAAUGCUUGCCAACAUUGAACAUGAAAUGCACGUGUGAAUGUGAGAAUUAGUAGUAGGUAAAAAACAUUAAUUCUUGUUACUCUGCUUUGUAUUGUGCCUAACUCACUGAAGUUGAAAAUAUAUAUCAUUCUGAGUUGUGUAUGAUUCUUAGCCAGCUGUCUUUCUUACAGCAACGUUGCCCAUCUGAACAAAGGCUGAGGGGUGCACUGGUCUGGCAGUAGUACCACAAAUGUGAUGGGCGAAUCAACAGUCCUUGAAAAAUCCUGUUACAGUUUGCGCUCAGUUGCUGGUGAACAAGAAUUUUACAGUUAAAAAUCCGAAGUUAACAUUUCCCUAUUACCAAAAGACUAACAAAUCAAUUCUGUGUCCCCCCCCUCCCAUUGUGGAAAGUGUGAAAGCAUCCCAUUCUCUUCAGGAAUAAAAUAGAGAAAAUUUCUCCCAUUUCUAUUGUUAUGCUUCUCUAAGAUAUCUGAGCUCCACUGCACUUCAGAGAGUCAUUCAAUUAAAUUCUCUUCAGUUUUAAAGGCAGCAGGUGAAAAUCAGUAAGUUCAGUUUGAGGUAUGAGUAAGGCCCACAGCCCAUCUAUACCUUUUUUUCAUAUCACUCCGGGAGUGCAGAUCAGCACUUGGAACUGUUCUUCAGCAGGCAGAGUUUUGCAGUUCGCAAUGCUCUGAAGCUUAUUGGCUUCUUCCCUGGCCUUCUCCAAGCCUGCCUCCCAUCCCUGCAUCCUCCAGAAGAUAAAAUGCAGGCUGAACAUCUUUCCCUUCUCAGCCCUUACAGUUUUCUCCUCCACAUGGUAUAUAGUACUAAUGGUAGUUUCCCAGGGGAAAUAAUUUCAGUUUAAUUUCUUGAUCAUUACUAUUCAUUGUAAACAGUACCACAAAUCAUAGCUACUUGACAUUGAAAUGCUCCCUUGAUGCUGUUUCUUUUUUCAUGAUUUGUGUGCUGUUGUUUUCUUUCCUUGAAAACUACUAGUUGAAACAGGAAGUCCAUUAAUACAGACCUGAAGUGGGAGAAGAUCACUGUGGGGAGACAGUUGUCACAUAUUUUGCCAAAAGUAGAUGAGUUUUAUUUGUAUUUUUCCUUCCUAGUGGACUAAAUUUUGUUUGUCGUGAGAAGCACAGGCCUGUGUUUGCUUAAAGCAAUGGUACCUAAUUUUAAGCAUUUCUAACAGUCUCCCUCAAUCUGGGAAACAUGCCUUGAGAAAUACUGGAAUAGUCAAAGAGUUGUGAACCACUAUUAAUACCACUUUGAUUUUGCAUACUAAAUGUGUGUGUACCUGUGCAUAUGUGUUAGGGAUGAUAACAAAAAAUUCCCCUCAAAGCAAAUGAACCAACAAACAACACAAAUACCACUCCUACUAUGAUGCAUGCUAUUUUAUAGCAGUAGUAAUAACUAUUAAGCAUAAUUCUUUCACUGAUUUUCAUUUCAAUGGUAAAAUCACAGAUAAAAGUCAUUUGGGAUGGAGAGAGUAAUACAACAUGAGCAAGAGGGGUCUCCUGGACCCAGACUAGUGUGUCAACAUUGUACUUUGCCAGGAACCACGCAGUAAUUAUACUGAUGCACACAUUUGUUUGUAAGAAGUUGGAUUGACAUUAUUAAUUUAUUUCACCAAAAGCAUUAACUUUACCCAUGAACUGUAAUUCAUUUGGAAAGGAUGACCUACAGGUGGAAAACACACCUGAGACCUCUAAUUACUUCCCUAAACUGUAUUAUAAAGAGAAAUAUUCAGCUGAAUAAGUCUCCCAAGGAGAAUUUCCUCUGUUAAGUUUCCUUUGUUAACUUAGCAUAAUUAGUUUUCUUGAAUGGAAGAAUAAUUUCUGUAAGAACUUUAAAUGUGAAUAUUUUUGCUGUCUACAUCUUUUAAACUGAAAUACAGUACUAUGUAUAAUGUUGCAAAAUUUAAACUGGGACUAGGUGUUUUCAUGCAUACAGCUGUCGUGUAUCUUCUCUGUAGACGUUUUGGAUAUUAUCAGGAUAAAUGAUUCAUUUUGAUUAUCCCCAUCAUUGGAUUGUUAUGGCCUGCUUCUAAAUACUUUGCAUUUCAUUUCAAAAACAAGAUAGGAUGUUAAAAUGACAAAGGUAAGUAUUAAUCUUUCCAGAAAAAAAAAGAUAUGAAUAAGUUGUUCCCAAUUAGUGUUAUAACCCACUUGGGGAUACGUGAGCUCAGUGCAUGAGUGUGAGACUUGGAUCCCUCACAGCAUUCUCUAACUCCAUGCAAAAUGUUGUAGACUAAAUUUAUAUCACAUCUUGGUAAAAUUGCUCAUUUAAAUAUAAUAAUCCAUCUAUUUGCUAGAAAACAACAAUUCAGAUAAUCUGACCAGUUUACAUAAUUUGAGAAAAAAAAUCUAAAUUUUGCGAUACCUUGGAGAUUUUCUUAAUAUAAUGUACUGAUGGAAAUUUGUGUAUGGAUUUGUAUCAGAUCAGUUUUCAAAAUGUUCUACUUUCCUUGCAUUAAGGCAAUUAAAAACUUAAGAACUAUAUGUUAGGAUGAAUAAAUUAAAGAACAUGUUAUUGUUUCAAACAUGAAAAUGGGGAAGUCUUUAUAAAUAGAAUUCUUGAUUCAUGUUAGCCAUAAGGUUAUGGAAUUGUUUAUCUUAACUGUGAUUUUAAGAAUUUAAGAUGUUUUCUUACUAUGUGUGUUAAAUUGUUACCUACAAUAUCUUCCUGGGAAAAUAGAAUUAUUUGUAAGGUUUUUAUAAAUGCACAAUUUAUGUAUAAAUAUUAUUGAAAUCUGGGGUUACUCUUAGCAAUCUACUAUUCUUAAUUCAGCAGUGGCCACCAGAUAGCGGACACAUUUGUAAACUUAGCAUCUGUGUGUAUAUGUGUGUGUGCACAUGCACAUUGUUACAUUUAUUCUCAAGUGAAUUUAUCACUUAAUGUUUUUGUAAAGUACUUGAGCUGUUUGUGUAAUGGGAAAAGUUGCCAUAAAGAUGUAUAUAAAUGCCCCUUAAUUUGGCACGUCUUCACAUUUAAUUUAUAAAAAUACAUCUUUUCAUGUA